AGCGAAAACGAAGCGAAAACGAGAAGAGAAAUGGAACGGGGCUGAGCAUCCACUCAUCUCCACCUGAUUGCGGGAAGUGGCGGUCCUCGAGUGCGUAUAAGUGUAUACGUGUGCAAGCUCAAGGCGGUCUCCCUUCUGUAUAUACGCACGUCGUGUUUUCGUCGGAGGGGAUUCUGCGAUGACGGCUGCGGCGAGGGAGGCGCAAGAUGAACUGCGCAGUUGAUAGACGGAUGUCCCGAGUCCGUCCUCCGUCCCCCUUCCCUCAAGUGGUAGUUCAAGCUACGAUAGCCGGCACUCGUCGAAUACCAGCCGAUCUAGCAUGGCCUCCGCACAAUCCCCAGAGAGUGUUUCCAGAAAGACAUCCUCGGGAGCUUUAACUGCAAAGAUCAACAAUGGCCUGGAUUCAAGCUUCGACAUCAGCUUUUUCAAGCAUAGAGGCUUGCGCAUCUCCCGAGAUAAUCAAAAAGGAAUCUGAACACUCACCUGCACAUGCAGACACGUCUUUCAACGAAACACUCAGCAGGUACAAGAGGAAGAUGGGUGAUGUGAAGCGUCAGCUGAGCAAGCGUGACGAGCUGAUCAGGCUGCUGACGGAGCGGCUGGAGGAGACGCGUCAGGAACAGGAACGCGCACAGCGGGAGGCCUCCCAGCAGGAGCAUGCGCUCGCCCAGGAAGUGAGCCAGCUGAAGCGUGAGCUCCAGCUAUGCAUGGAGCUGCUCGAGGCCCGAGGGGGAGACUCUGGGCUCAGGCAACAGCACCAGCAGAUGCUGAACACAAGGAAUGAGGCCGUAGAGCAGCUGCAACAGAAGGUGGAGGCCCAGGAGCAGCAGAUUGCCAUGCUGCAGCAGAUACGCACUGACCUGCUUGGGCGACUGGCAGCUGCCGCUUCUCUAGGCCACGAGGAAGGCGAGAUUGUUACAAGCAAUGGCAGCCACCCUGACUACUUGGCGUCGGGCGAAUGCAAAGCUGCCAGCCCUUCGAUCGUCGGCUGUCGUGGGGAUUCCGGUGCGCUGACUCUGGUGCCUCUCUCGGAACUUUCCCGACAGCAGUUACAGGGCGACGCCACUAGCGAGCAUCUUCCGUCCCCAGAGCACACAGAAUGCGACGAGAACCACUUCCUCAGUUGCAGACAAGUCGUUUGCAGCCACCUUUCCGACUGGAUGACUGCCCGCUUCCUCAGCGUCGAGAGCCACGCUGACAUUGAAACCGUCUACAAUGAUCUCAAGUUGUUCGCCAUGCAGGGCCUCGAGUAUGCAGCUGCUUGCGAAGCCUACAGUAUCCCCGUACCAAGCCCUGCUGAUCUUCUCGAACAGGUGGCCGCUUUGCACACAAAGGUAACGACACUCGAAGAAGAUCUGAAGGAUCUGGAAGGGGAAAUGAUCAAAGCACGGGCCGAGAACGACAACCUUCGUCGCAACUCGGUGGCAACGGAAGAGGAACUCAAGACACUGCGUAAGGAGCGAAACGUGGCGUUGAGCUCCAUCAAAGAAAGUGAGUAUCAGCGGGCCAAGGAAGAAGUGGAAGACGAAAGCUUGCUGGAGGUUUAUGAACUACAGACUGAAUGCAUCCGCCUCGAGCAGGAAAAGAAAGCCCUCGAGCAGCAGCGCACACGUCUGCUGUCAGGCGAGCAGUCGCCCUGCGUGUCACCCAUCCCGUCGGCACUCUUGACGACUGAUCGAGUCAGACAUAGCUCGGCCGUGCAGACGGACGACUUGGAGGCUGCGAAAUCUGUCACGGAAAGCAACGGCGCUGCACUUGCGCAGGCUGUCGACAAGAGAUUGUCGCUCGGCUCUUUGAGUGCAUCGACAGAGCUUGAUGACGACGAAAACGAGAAGGGCGCGUAUGAUGCGUUAGUUGCUGAGAACAUUCGCCUCACGGCAGAGAGGCAGCGGGCGGAGAGCGAUCUGGAAGUCUGCCGAGAGAGGUUACGCGGUGCGGAGGAAUUGAUAGAAAAACUGAAAGCGGAGCUCGAACAGGAGCACGGUAGCCUAGAGCAGCUUGUUGCCCAGACAGAAGAAAUGCUGAGAGCUACAACCAACACUGAUCUAUCCAGUCGCGAUAAACGCAUCUUCCUGGAAAACCAGAGCCUGAAGUGUCAGGUGACCCUCCUUAGCAGCCGCUUGCAACAGGAGCAGAGCUUUACAUCGGCACUCAGGCGACAUGUCCAGUGUCUCGGCUCGAGGGACGAGGCUUUCCAAAAGACCGUCAAGGACUUGACCAACCGGCUGCUGAGUGGCGGCGAGCGACUGCGGUCUUCUCUGGACAGGUGUCGUCAGCUGGAGCAAGCGCUUGCCAAAUCAGCGGCCAAAGCCAAACGGUUGGAGGCAGAGCUCCAUCAGUUGAGAGAAAGCAUGAAGGCAUCGGGUGAUGUGUCAUUGGACUCUGUCAAAGUUGUCAGUAGAGAACACAGUGCCUCGGUGGAGGAAUGCAAGCGCCAAGACGGAGCAAACAUGGAGGCAUCUGACACUGGAUCCCGGAAAGGGAGCAGUGGGGAGGGAAGUGGGGUCGAUGAAGUGAAACCACUUGCCAUUCAGCGCAUGCAGUUGGAGCUGGAAGAAAAAGAGCUUAUGCUGUCAAACCAGGACCUGUGCAGCCGUGCCUCCCAGCAGCUAGAACUGUGUCGGCAGCGCGAAGAGCUGCACGCGGAAUAUGGCGAGCGACUCUCUGCUGUUCUGGCAGCCCUGAAGGACUCUUGCAGAAGGGAGUUGCUCUCUUUCCAAGAGUGCCUCGCACGCGAGUCCUCACUUCAGCUGCUUCGACUAAAAGAAGCACAUCAGGCAGAGAUUGCAGCGCUGAAGCAGAGACAUGCAGAACAGGUGGAGCAGCUGCAGGCUAAGCUGCUGCCAGCCGAGACAUCACAGUCAUCGGCUGCGGAGGAUGCAGAUGCAGUCCUCGCGGAGUUGCGCCAGCGGCAGCAGGCAGAGUAUGAGCAGCUUCUGCCCAGCUUGGACCCCGAGCUUCAACUCAAGCUGCAGGCCUUGGUGGCUCUGACGCUGCGAAUACACCAGGUGGAGAACGAACGUGCCCUGUCCUCAGCACAGGAGCAUCUGGCCAGUGAGAAGCAGCGCUUGGGAGAAGCACUGAAGGCUUGCAGCAAAGUGCAGAGGGAGGCUCUAGAAGCUCGGCUAGAGCACGAGCAGAAGGCUGCCCUGAGGGACCAGUACCAGGCCCUGCUCGAUGACACGGCGGGCAAAGGAUCCGACACUUGCCUCCGGCCAGCCAGCCCUGCCGCUGCCGGAGACGGCUCCGAGGCACCGAGCUUCUCGCACAUCAGCAAAGAGCAUCUGCAAAGCUCAACGGAGGCGCUCUUUGGUCUUCUGAGGGAGCGACUAGAAAAAGACUUCUACACCGCCCUCAGUCGGCUAACCGAUGAAUGGAAGGCAAAGUACGCCAACGCUCCUGCUUCUGCGGCAGUAGAAGAUUCGCCUACAACAACCGGAGAGGAUGCUGAGGCACUGGUACAUGAUCUCAGGAAGUAUCUGGACUCGGCAAAAGAGGCCGAACAGCUAGUGCUGUCCUUCCAGCGACUGGGCAAGGAGCUCGGGAGUGGCCUGCACUCGCAGCUGGAGCAGUUGCUUGCCGUCUACCGGGAGCUGCACAGCAACAUGGACGCUGCCUCUGCCCUCGAGCGUUACCGGGGCCUGUGCGAGCAGCUGUGCUCGGGCGCCCCGGUUGACCCGGCGUCUCUGCAGCACCAGCAGGACCUGCAGCUGAAGGCCCUGAGGGCGAGCCUCGAAGAGCAGCACUCUCAGGAGAAGACAGCGCUCCUCUCCGAGCAGGUGGUGCGCACCAAAGAACUGCUGAGUAAGCAUCGAGCAGAAGUGGAGCAGCUCGAGAGGACUGCCGAGGCCAGGCUGGCCGACGAACGCAGACGCCUGACAGAAGAGUUAGACGUCCUGCGUCGCAGCCUCUGGGAGAAGGAACAGGCCCUCAGCCGGGCUGCAGACGAACAGCAUGCAAAGGCUUCUGCCGACAUGGCGGCGCUCGUCGACAAGCACGCCGAGGAGGUCCAGAAUCUCUCCUCUGCCCUCGAGGAAGAGCAGAAAAAGACGGAAUCACUCCGCAGCGCAUUCAAUUCCCUCAAGAAAGAAAGGGACGAAAUUGUAGAGCUCGCAGAGAGCAUCGGGAGGGUCAGCUCGGACUCUGCAGUCGACCCGAGCACCGCAAUUCGCCGACUCGCAGAAGAGAACGCGGCACUGCGACGAGAGGCCGAGGCCGCGCGAGUUGACUACGAGAAGAUACUCUCUGAGGAGAAGGCAAGGCUGAAAGACGAAGUGGAAGCCGUCCGUGCCGAGUACGAGUCCUCGCUGCAGAAUCUCGAGGAGAAGCUCCGGGAGACAGAGGCUGAGCACAGGAGACGCGUGGAGGAACUGCUUGCAAGCCAGGAACAGUACCAGGAAGAAGUAAAGUUGAAAGAUGAAGAGCUGCUUUUGCUCAAGCACGAAGUGGAGCAGUAUGCCGACACGCUGGGCUCUCAGAGGCUCGAGUACGACCAGGAGUUGGAGAACAUCGAGAGGAGGUUGGAGGUCAGGCAUGCCGCCGAGCUGGAGUCACUGAAGUCGGAGCACAGGGCUAACAUUGAGGUGCUGAGAGAGAGCCUGCAACAAGAACUGCAGGACGUCAAGGCUGGCUACGAGGAGGAGCAGCUGAAGCUGCGCAGGAGCCUCGAGACCGAGCACAACUUGGUGGCCAACUCGCAGAAGGCACAGUUCGAGCUGGCACUGGAGGCCCUGAAGAAGGCGCACAAAGCGCAGAUUGAGAAGUCGAAGGAACAGCACGCGAGUGUCGUAGAACAACUCGGCAAGGAAAGAGCACAGCUGGAACAGCGCAUGGCCGAGGAGAGGACAUCUGCCAUCCAGGAAAUGAAAAGCAAGUUGGAGGCUCACUACACAGAGAUCGUGGACACAGCGAGGGUAGAGUGUGCCGCGAGGGUCAAACAUCUGCAAGACGAACUGGAGAAGAUGGAGCGACAGUUGAGCUCCUUGCAUCAACGGAACGAGAAGGACCCACCAGUGGAGGAGGAACUGGUUCCUGUGACGACCAGUCUGUCUUCGGCAGAAAAGCCUGCGAAAGCUGUGUCGCUCGAUAGUUUAGACGGGAAGCUCCCUGAAGGGAAAGAUGAGGAAAGAAUCGCUCAGGAAGCCGUUCAGUCAAAACAUAAUGCAACCACUGCAGUUGCAGAAAAUAGGGAGGCCUCAGCGGAGUGGUCGGACAUUUCCGUGGAGGACAUCCUGUACGAGCGGUCGGAGCUGAUGAAGCAGCUGAGGAGCCUCAGCGCCACCGUGGACAAGCUGCAGGCAGAAAAAGAAGACUUGCAGGAGCAGCUUCGGAAAGCAAACGAUGAGCUCACGUCUAAGGAAAUCAGGGCCACUUCACGAUCGCCAAGUAAGGCCCUGCUUCUCAGAAUGGAGUGGCUCGCAGGCUCAGGGCUGACAGCCAAUGAGAUUCAGUCUUGGCAGCUGCACACGGCACAGACAAACACGCGUCUGUUGAAUGUGCUGUCUGAUCUCGUGAAGACUUAUGUGGACACUGAGCAGGAGAUCCAGGAUGCUCUGGGCCAGCUGGGGCUGUCGCGCGUUGAUUCACCGGCAUCCAACACGGCUGCUGAUGAAGACUACUCGAGCCUUGGGGGUAUGAGCUGUCAAACCCAAGGCUCAAAGGAAGACUUUGCCGAUGGCUUCCUGUCGGAGCUCUGCGAGGAUGGACCUGACCUAACACCACGCACCUGGGAUAUGUUUGCCUCAGCCAUCGGAAUGCAGGACACCUCAGAGAUGGAGGGCGAGGACGUUGUCCUUGGUGCAAGUCGUCGACUGCGCACAGCUGUAGACCGGGUGCUGCGGCUGCUGGCAGAGGUGUCGGAGCACCGCGGGGAAGACUUCCGAGGCCUGGUGCAACGUAACCGAGAUCUGUGCCAGGAGCUGCGCCAGGAAAGCCAGCUGCACAACCAGCUCGCACUGGACCUCCUCCACGCUCAAGAGCGAGGGCGUGCCCUGGAGCAUGAGAAACAGCGCCUCGAGGACGUGGUGUCUCAGCUGGAAGAGCAACGAACAGAGCUGCAGCGUGAGGUGCGGAGCCUGCGGGCACGAGCUCAGCGCCUUGAGGACGCCCGGGAAUCACUCGGGGAACAACGCCAGCUGCUGGAGGAGCAACGCCGCAUGCUGCGCGAGGGGCUACACGAGCCUCAGAUCACACCAUGCGCAACUUCUACAUCUGAGCAAGCACCGACUGAAGCGCCUGAAGGGCUGCUGGAAGAGCACGAGAGGCUGAGCGAGGAGAAGCGGCGCCUGCAGCGCAGCCAGGACCAGGAGCGGGACGUCCUCGCAGCACGCCUCGCAGAGCUGGAGGCAGCACUCGAGGAAGCGUCAACGCAACGUGAGGAGCUUCUAGAGAGUAGGCGCCUCGAGGUGGCCGACCUGCAGGCGCAGAUUGACGCCAUGGACAAGCAGCUGCUGUCGCACAAGAAGUUCAUUGAGGAGCAGACACACGAGCGGGAACAGGAGCGAGAGGAUUUUGCCCAAGAACUGGCCAAGUUGCAAGAAGCCCUCAAAGACAAGGAGAAAAUUCAGAACUGCGAGCAACGCCUCUCAAAGGAGAUUGAGUCCCUGGAGCAGCAACUGCGAACGCGAGUAGAGGAUCACGGACUGGUGCAGCGAAAGCGUGACCAGCUGGAAGCCGAAGUUCGCUCUCGAGAUGACAAGAUACACGACCUCCGGGACAUCAUUCGGGACCUUGAAGCUGACCUGUCCAACAAGUCGCACACGGUCCACGAACUGACACUGAAGGUGUCCCACCUGGAGGAGGCCUUGGCGGAAGCCCGUCAAGGUGAACAAGAGGCCUUGCACGAGCUCGAGAAGGCACGGGGAGGUGCCCAAGGGAACCGGUCGGCCGACAUGGCGAAGCGGGUGCGGCAGCUAGAGGAGCAACUGGAGGCUCGCACCCAGGAGCUCGACAAGAUGGUCCAGAUGGGAUCCUUGCUGCAAGAGUUCCGUGCGCAGGUGCGCUCCCUGGAGGAGAAGGUGGAGAGUCGCAUCCGCCAGGUGCAAGACGCGCACGGCUCGCUGCGGCAGCUGGUGCAGGCGCUGAGCCCAGUGGGGGGAUCCCGCGAGGGAGCCCUGUCGGGCACCAGCGAGGACUCCUCGUCCCUAUCGGCUGGGGGCGUGCAGACCCUGUCGGUGGACGACAUACGGGACGGCCUGUCGCCCAGCGCCCUGCAGUGGGACGAGCUGCGUGGCCUGGAGGAGAAGGUGGACGCCCUGGUGGCAGCCGUGGGCGACACCUUCCAGGAAAACGCCCAGCUCCGCAAGGUCCUCAAGUCUACCAACAAGGACAAGGAGGAACUUGAGCGUGAGAAGCGGGCCCUCCAGGAGCUGAGUCAGCAGCAGCUGCUGCAAGUGUCUGCACUAAAGGCACAUGUAGAGGACGCCCGGCUGGGACUGUCCCCAGCGGGCACCCAGGGCGGAGGCCCCGUGGGCCAGCAGCUGCGCCAGCUCAGAAAAGACCUGCUGCGCGAGAAAGAGGCCCGUGAGGCCGCCGAGCACAAGUUGCAGCUGAGCACGGAGCAGGUGAACAGCCUUCGCGGCCAGCUGAACCGCCAGCGCGAGGUAGUCGCCAAGCAGCGGGAACGACACAGGCCGUCGCAGCACGCUGGCACGCUCACCCGAGACCUCGAGGCCAACCGCUCCCCUCCUACCCCGCACUUUGCAAAGCUGCAGAAGCUUACAAACACACGAGGAACCAUGACCGAACUGAGCCUGCAGCGGCUGCUGGAACUAGAGGCUGCCCAGCAGAGAGCCCGGUCCCUGGAGCGUACGGUUGAGCUGGAGGCAGCGUGCAGCAACAAGGACGGGCCUGUAGCAGAAACAGCAGAGGCAGACAUGUUACCCAUGCAAAAGCAGAACAUUGCUGAAUUGCAAGCACUGCUGCAGGAGCGAGAUGAAGAAAUUGAAGCCUUGCACCAGGCUGUCGAUGCACAGGUGUGUCCACUGCGUGAAAAGCUGCGCUCCAUGGAGGAAGAGCUGGUGAAUCGGGAGCGUGCCGAGAGCGAGCAGCGGGAGUGCCUGAAGCAGGAGUUGGCCCGUGCACGGGAAGCACACGAAGCCAGCUCAAGACGGUUGCAACUCCGGCUGCACGAAGUCCAGCAACUCCAUGCUAAUGCUCAGGAGGCACUCCGAUCGGAGGUGCUUGCACUCAGAGACACCCUGUCACGGAGCGUACCCAAGGACGAGGCUGCAGCUGCACUAAACAAGGCAGUGUCGGCCGAGCGGGAGCAGCAGCAGAGUAAGCACCACGAGGAGAUCCGGCUGCUGGAGGAGACGUGGAGGGGACGCUUGGAGGUCGAGCGCAAGCGGCUGGAGCAGGAGCAUGCCCAGCGCACCGCCGACCUGGAGCGCCAGUGUCAGCUGCACGCGCGCAUGCGCACCUGGAACCGCACUGACUUGGAGAAGGAGAUGGCCUCCUAUCUUGAGCAGGAAACAGCUGCACUGGACGCACGGCACCAGCACACAUUAGAGGCACUUCGACAACAGUGCGAACAGGAGAAGCAGCAGAUGAGGCAGGCACAUGCAGACGAGAUGCAGUGCCGCCUCGAAAAACUCUGCACAGACCUCACAAGGGAGCACACCGAACAGUUGGCCAAGCUGAGGGAGACGGUCGAAGCCGAAAAGGCAGCACUUAUGCAGGAGCGACACGAUGCGCAGGUGCAAUCGCCAGCCCGUAACACGUGGCAGCAGAUGGCAAACAGGGACAGCAGUGGCAGCAGUACGCCAGGCAGCAGCAGUGGCAAGGCUACUCAACUGUUGACCCAGGAAGAGAUCCGCAGCUUGGUCAAUCGUCGCGUCGUCGAAGAGGUGACCAGGCUGUGCAAGAUGCACGAGGCAGAAGUGGCCGAGCUGAAGAAGGCCAUGGAAAGGCAGUGGGGCAGUGAGCAGCAGGUUGGGACGGCGGCCACGGAAGGCUCCACCGCGACGGAAGCAGACACUCCAUCCAAGGCGAAAGAGCUGCAACGCCUGCAGCAAGAACACCAGGCAGAGGUAGCACGCCUGCGUGCCGAGAUGGCCAGGUUGCUGCAAGAGAAGGAAGAGGUGCUGACGGCGCGCGCAGACCAGCGCCUGCUGUCCACCGAGGCGGGCUUCCAGCGUGAGCGGGACGAGCUUUCAGAGGCCCUGCGAAGAGCUCAGGCAGAGGCAGUGCAGCAAGACGCCGCCCACCGAGAGCAGCUGCGCAGGACGGAGGCGACCCUGCGAGCGCAACUGGAGACCGAGAAGGGGCGUCUCGCACUGCAGCAGGAGCAGCUGGUAUGGCAGCUGAGGGAGGAACACGCGCAGCAGCUGCAGACCCUCCGCGCGGAGCAGCUGCGAGAGGUGGAGGCCCUCCGAGAAGAGCUGGACCGUGUCAAGCUGAAGCUCCGGGCUCACAAGAUGGCUGCCGUGCUGCGCUCUCGUGGCAGCACACCGCCCUCAGACACUGGAAGCACUGCUUCGAGCUUAGCUUCAAGCUUAGCUUCGACUGGCACCCUGGAAGAAAACAGCAACUCUCAGGACUCCAUGCUGUCACCAGCUCUUCGUGACCUGCUGGCAAAGAUAUAUCGCGAGGGCCUGCAUGUGCUGUCCUUGACAGAACGGCAGUUGCUGCAGCGACACUUCACGCCAUCACCCGAGCACAGUGGCAACACAACAACAGCGUCCAACCACUCUACAGCCACUGUCAAAGCAGCUUCUCCAGCAGUAGCGGAGGACACUCGGCAGUUGCAACAAGUGCUCAAGCAGGAACGCCUGGCUCACAAGAAGGUACUCGAUGAACUCCAGGAACAGAUGGACCUUUCUCGAGAUCAGCACGACCAGAAGGAGCUGAAACUCAAGGCCAAAGUGGAUACUCUGGAAGGUCAGCUUCGGCAGGAGCGGUCACGGGCAGAAGAGCUCAAGCAGCGGCUAGACGCAGAGCAGGCCAAGACACUGGAUCUGCUGACUCAGCUCAAUGGUCAGCGGUCCUCAUGUCUGGAACUGGAGAUGGCACUGGCCAACUGCCGGUCUGACCUUGCCGAUGCUAAUCGCCAGAUACUCGCCCUCAAGCAGGAAGUCCUCCACUGCAAGAGCUCCCUGGAGGUCGAGAAACUUCACGCACAGAACAUGUUAAACGCGGUCAACGCUGAGCGGGCUCAUUUCAACCAGCUACAGGCCACCUUGGAGCUGGAGCGACGCCGUGGAGCCAGAACUCACGAGCAGGACCUACAGCUCAUCCAAGAGCUCAGAGCGGUACCCACGCCCCUUUCCUCCACACCGGCGCGGCAGACACAGCUGAGCGACAUUGAGAAGAUGCGUGGGGGUGCUCCGUCAAGUACAACUCGUUUGGACAACUCGCUGCUCGGCGAGGCAGACAACGGCGGCAGUCAGAGCGGCGGACACUACCUGUGUGCGCGGGAGAAGCUGUCGUUGAGCCAAUCUCUGCUGAAAGCGGAGGAGGAGAUAUCGCGACUGAGGCAGCUCACCCUCAGCCAAGACCUGCUGCUUGGGCAGACGGCAGCAGACGGUAACCCGUCACCCGCCAUCUGUCGUCUGCUACACAAGCUGUACUGGAAGUACCGCAAGGCAGACAGUUGGCGCAAGGGCCUCGUCUACCAAAAGCAGUACCUGCUCAGCCUCCUUCAGGGCUUCCAGGCGACCGAAGACGUGGCACUGCGGAUGCUGGCCGGAUCCAGACGUCGACCUCCUCCUUCGCCCCCGCCAUUGCACCACAUCGACGGAAUAGGCACGUCCAGCGACGACGACGGGCGCCCCAGGCAGCAGGGCUUCCGUCUACACUCGGCCGAUUCCUCCGGCGGUCGCCACUUCCAGCACCUGCUGACCUACCAGUCGCGGGGUCGCCAAGAUUCGGUGGACGAAGCUCCGCUUCCUUCAGGGUCGUCAUCCCACUCGUCGGCCGAUGGCUCUUCGGGCAUAGCAUCGUCACCGCCCAUGCCUGCACGGUUUCGAUUCCGGUCGGCAGUGCAGGCCGUGAUAGCGCUGCACCGCAUGCAGCACCUUGUGCACAAGUGGAGGUUGGCUGCGUGUGUGCCUCCAGCGCCCGUACUUUUGCACAAGGUGGAGUUGGCAGUGCGGUCAGUUCCACACGGUGGCGCAUGGAGGCUAGGAGCAUCGACCUGUUCGGGCCUCUCUAUGGCCACUGCACGGUCAUCGCAGUCUUCACUGGUUUCAGCUAACACCAGCCAAGCAUCGGCGGCAACGGUGCUGUGCCACAGGUUGCCACAGCCACCAUCACUCAGAACCCCAUCACGGCCUUCCCAGAGUCAACCUGCCAGCAUGCGGGAGUUUGUGGAGAGGCUGGACAGUUUACACAAGCAGUUCGGCUUGAGCGACGAGCAGCACUGCUGACACACCGCCACUGGGCGGGAGGUGCCAACUACAGUGCUGGACAGUGCGCACAGGAGUUCGUUGCAGCCGCCAGCAAAAACACACCGACGCGCAGACAGGGGAUGGAAUAGCUCUUCAGAAAAGCUGCUCUUUGGGACCGUGUAGAUAACCGGCAUGUUCAGACUAGUUUUCGCAUUGCUGUUUUCAAGAGACUGCUAUGUUUUCUACUUUUUUGGCCAACAAGAAGGGUACCCUAUGCAAGCAGUGGGGAAAGGUUUAUUUAUGCUUGCGCAGAUGCCCUCUGGUGCAGGUGUGCUCGGCACUCUUUCUAGUCUUGACCGAGUGGAGGGAGGCGUUACAAAAAGGAUUCGCUUUGUGGUAAAGUCUCUUAGUGCAACGUUUCAUUGCGCAUGUUACUGUGCAAUUGAAUUGGCCCAGCUAUUUUGCACAGGAGCAAGUAAUCUUAACCGUAUAGUUAAGUAUGUGUUGUGCCUCCUUUUUUUUUUUUAUACAUAUACUGUAGGCUUUAUUAAAGCAAGAGACCCACUGGUGAAACGCAAGUCAUGCUUUCAAACCUCUUUUGCGCAUUUGUUUACAUGGUGUACUAUUACCUGUUUUGGGUACCAGUGUUUUAAUUUUCACAGUACAAUGUGCAGUGCGUUGCUUUUAUGUAUGGUUCUAAUGUCCAAAUGCUUAUGUGUCUACAUUUCUUAGUCUACGUGUGGAUCGCACAAUAGCUAGAGGAAGUGGGGGCGGCUCAAUUGUUUUUUUUACCCUCUGCCAAGUAUAGCCAGUGCCACUGAAAAGGGUAGAUUUUUCGCAUUCAUCAACCCGAGUUCCUUACUUUGUGCGCGCAUCAUUUGUGAAGAGCUGCCAAAAACAAAGAGGAGAACCUCCGAAGUCAGUGCCUUUUUCUCCUCCAGAGUGCUCGACAAUGCUUCAGGGUGUAGCUUCAGGGUGUAGUCGUAUUUUUUAGAAUUUCUCGUAGCUUUUUUUAAGCCUGCCUUGGUUUUGUCUUACAUGGUUUUGGCUGAGGACUCUACACAUUGUACAUAGAAAAUGUAUAUUUUACAAGCAGCAGCUUAAGUGUCUCUAGUGUUACUGUCGUGCUGGUGUACGAAGACACUCUUUUGGCCAGGGCUGAUGUCUUUUCGAAUAAAAGUGUACAUACCUGUUCUCAGAAA